GCUGGAACUGCAGGUUGAACCGGUUUGAGUCUGUAUAGCGGUUGGUCAUUCAUUUGAAAUCCAGUUGCAUCUUGACCAUCCUGCAAUAUCGCGUUGUUGCAUCGGUUUCUUCGUACUCUAGACACAAAGCUAGCUUAUUUCGUUCGUUUGUUGUGCUGUUGUUCGCGUGUGAGUUUCACAUUAUGGCUGGACUUUCGCAUGAGCCGCCGAUGUUCAAACUUGUUCUUGUCGGCGACGGAGGGACGGGGAAAACUACGUUCGUCAAACGUCACUUGACAGGAGAAUUCGAAAAGAAAUACAUUGCAACACUUGGCGUCGAGGUUCAUCCACUUGCGUUCAACACCAAUCGCGGUGAGAUCAAGUUUAAUGUAUGGGACACUGCUGGACAGGAGAAGUUUGGUGGGCUUCGUGAUGGCUACUACAUAGAAGGCCAAUGUGCUAUCAUCAUGUUUGAUGUUACAUCAAGAGUUACGUACAAGAACGUACCCAAUUGGCAUCGAGAUUUGAUUCGUGUGUGCGAAAACAUACCCAUCGUGUUGUGUGGAAACAAAGUGGAUAUCAAGGAUCGGAAAGUGAAGGCAAAACAGAUCACUUUUCACAGAAAAAAGAACCUACAAUAUUAUGACAUCAGCGCCAAGAGCAAUUACAACUUUGAGAAACCUUUUCUAUGGCUAGCAAAGAAGCUGGUUGGAGACCCGAAUCUCGAAAUCGCUGCCAUGCCGGCAUUAGCUCCACCGGAAGUUAUCAUGGACCCAAAUAUAGCAGCCCAAUAUCAGCAUGACCUGAAAGUGGCACAAGACGCGCCUCUACCAGCAGACGACGACGACGAUCUAUAAUGACUGUGAAUGCCAAAUUGUGUUUGAUCUAGCAAGCUACUUUACUGUUGACUGGUUUUUAGUGAAUUUGGUAUGGUAUGUUAGGUUACGUGGUUUGAGGGGACAGUGUAAUGCAGUGAAUUCAAUUAGUAUUGAAGUAAUAGUUAGCUCAAGCUCAGUAUGAGAGGCUGCGAAAGUAGAAACAUUGUUACGGGUGUCACAUAACGUUAUUUGUCAAUACUAUUUCUUGGGAAGGUA